UUACAACAAAACAAUGAAGAUGUGGUAUUGCUGUACUCUGUAUUGGAAGAAAAGCUUGCAGCUCAAUAUACACAGAGAGAAAACAUGGCUUGUUACACUGAGCUGAUAACGAGAGAAAAGGAACGUCUGAUAAGUAUACUAUCAGACAUGGACAUCCAGAGAGAAGACAUGGAAAACCAAUGGAAGCAGAAGUUUGAUUUGGACAAACAACAUGUUAAAAAACUGAAGACAGAACUGAAGCAAGACAGAGAUGAUCUGGAUAGAGAGAGUGAGAUGAUGAAUACAGAGAAACUGGACUUGGAGCUGAUGAGGUCUGACAUCCUGAAACAAAGAGACAUAUUGGAACAAGUGAUACAAGAUAUGAAAGGGGAAAGCUUCAAAUUGGAAAUCACAAAGGCUGAGUUACAAAAGAAGAAAGAAGUAGGAGACAGUCAGCUUGAUGAGGUAAACAGAGAGAAAGGAAACAUUAAAGACUUGAAUCUUCAACUUCAGUCAGAAAGAGACAAACUUCAGGACGACAUAAACAUGAUUAUCUUCAAACAAAAAGAGCAAGAACUGAAGGAAGAGGAGUUCAAAAGACAAGCACAAGAGCUGGAAACCAGUAAGAACAGAGUCCUGGCUGAAAGAGAUGAACUGGAACUUUGGAGGAAGGAUCUCCAUAACAAGAAAGAAGAGGUUGAAGCUGCCACGAACACCAUCAGUGGAGAGAGAACAGCUGAGUCAGAUGAAGAGUAG